AAGUGUUUUGCCGAACCAGGCUUUUUAGGGCACGGCCUCACCAAAAACCUUUCUCUGCUCCAAACUCCAAGGUUUCCGUUUGUUUGGCCUCACUGUGCUCUUGGGCACAAAGAACUUGGCGUCCACAGUUUGUUCUGUCCAUAGUGACAAGUAGAUCUGCGUAUUUAGGCAAACACCCAGAGUUCACAGCAAGCCUAGUCAGAGCGGGCGUAAACAGGAAACAGCAGGCAGGCGGGUUGUUGAACAGCACGGCAGUGUUUCAAUUCAAAGGGCUGGUGAGUGGGGAGGGGUCUCUGGGUCUAACACAGUGAAUGUCAGACCGUCAACCUUUUAGAGGGUUAAAGCUUUUGUACGAUACGAGAGAAGACCAAGGUGAGCAAGGCGAGCGCAUGCGGGACUGGCCAGCAAAGCGACAUCCGCUUUCAGGCUUUCGGUUUCUUUGCCUCCAUCUUGCCUGCGAUUUUCAGGUAUCAGAGGAGUGAAGUCUUGACGGGUCGCAGCCAAAGGAGAGCCUAGCCGCGGGCAGGACGAAUUCCUCCAUUGGAAAGGAUUCUGAAAGAAAUGAAGAAAACCAUCAGAAAUGCAAUCGGUAGCUUCAUGGCCUUCUGUUGACUGGACUAGACUUUUCUUACCGCUGUUCCUUGGAAUGACACUGUACAGGAUGUCUGCUGAGGUUAUCCAUCAGGUGGAAGAAGCACUUGAUGAAGAUGAGAAGGAGCUGCUGCUUUUUCUGUGCCGAGACGUUGCUGCAGAUGUGGUUCCACUUAAUGUCAGGGACCUUCUGGAUGUUUUAAGAGAGAGAGGAAAGCUGUCUUUUGUGAGCUUGGCUGAGCUGCUCUACAGAGUAAGGCGGUUUGACUUGCUCAAGAGGGUCUUGAAGAUGGACAGACCGACAGCGGAGGCCCUCCUGCGCAGGCACCCACAUCUUAUUUCGGACUAUAGGGUGCUGUUGAUGGAAAUUGGUGAGGGUUUGGAUAAAUCGGAUGUGUCCUCAUUAAUAUUCCUCAUGAGAGAUUAUAUGGGCCGAGGCAAGAUAGCCAAGGAUAAGAGUUUCUUGGAUCUUGUGAUUGAAUUGGAGAAGCUAAACCUGGUUGCUCCAGAUCACUUGGAUUUAUUAGAAAAAUGCCUAAGGAACAUCCACAGAAUAGACCUGAAGACAAAAAUCCAGAAAUACAAACAGUCUGCUCAAGGAGUGGAAACAAAUUAUGUAAAUGCUCUCCAGGCAUCUCUGCCAAACUUGAGUGUUAAGGAUCCUUCAUAUAACCUAAGGUUCCAGAAUGGGAGGAGUAAAGAACACAGACUCAUGACGGGACAACGUGACAUUCAGAGAGAACCAGUGAAGACAUCCAUUCAGGAAUCAGAAGCAUUUUUACCUCAGCACAUACUGGAAGAGAGAUACAAGAUGCAGAGCGAGCCCCUGGGAAUCUGCCUGAUAAUUGAUUGCAUUGGCAAUGACACAGACAUUCUUGAGGAAACCUUCACUGCCCUGGGCUAUGAAGUCAAGCGUUUCUUACAUCUCACUGUGGAAAAUAUAAUGCACAUUCUUGGCCAGGUUGCGCACAUGCCCCAACACAAAGACUACGACAGCUUCGUGUGUAUCCUGGUGAGCCGAGGGGGCUCCCAGAGCGUGUUUGGCGUGGAUCAGACUCACUCAGGGGUCCCUUUGGAUCAUAUCAGAAGGAUGUUCAUGGCAGAUGCAUGCCCCUCUCUCUCAGGGAAGCCAAAGGUCUUUUUUAUUCAGAACUAUGUGACGUCAGAGGGCCAGCUAGAGGACAGCAGCUUCCUGGAGGUGGAUAGGCCCUCAAUGAAAAGUGCAGAAUCCAAGGCCAGGCAGCCCGGGGCCUGCGUGAUUCACCGAGAAGCUGACUUCUUCUGGAGCCUGUGCAAAGCGGACGUGUCCCUGCUGGAGCGGUCCUCCCCUUCACCGUCACUGUACCUGAAGUGCCUCUCCCAGAAGCUGGGGAAAGAAAGAAAACACUCACUCCUGGAACUCCACAUUGAACUCAACAGCAAGGUGUAUGAUUGGAACAGCAGAGUGUCUGCUAAGGAGAGUGACUAGACUGCAUAUGUGAUGGCUGGAGCUCUAGCUGCCAUCUUGAAUUGUGAGGAUAAGAGCCACACUGUAGGGAUGACCAAGUGGUGAACAGGAAGGAGCCUUGUUGGGUGAAGACAUUAAGAAGCAGAGUCACCAUACCAACCCUAGAUUACCUACAUCUGGACAUUUAUGUGAGAGAAAAAAAUGUGGGGUUUAUAUUUCUUUUGACCUAACCUAGUCUGACUCGUACAUUGUUAUUUGAUUAAAGUGUUUUUUUAUGUUUAUGCAUGUUGUAAGUUUAAAAUAAAUAUUUGCCUAGGUGAACAUUUUAAUUUUUGUUUAAAAAUGUAUGUAUGUAUUGUUAAAAAAUGUAAUGUUAACACCUGAGCUGACCUAAGUUUUUAGUAUGUAUGAUGCUCUCAUUUAUUUCCUUUUAUAGUUUUGUGGUUUCUGUUGGAGAGAUGGAGACGCUUUAUUAAGACAUAGUAGGAUUUGGACACUGUCCUCAUAAGAGAUGUAAUCCACAAGGAAAAGUUCUGACUGAAUCAUCAGUGUAGACCAGCUUUUGGACCUGGUUUACAGUGAAUAAGAGUUUGAAAGAUACAUACACAAAACUGAAUAUAAAGAAAAAACAGUAGCACUUCCCUGGUGGUGCAGUGGUUAAGAAUCCACCUGCCAAGGCAGGGGACACAGGUUCGAGCCCCAGCCUGGGAAGAUCCCACAUACCGCAGAGCAACUGAGCCUGUGUGCCACAACUACUGAGCCUGCGCUCUACAGCUUGCGAGCCACAACUACUGAAGCCCGGGCACCUAGAGUCCGUGCUUCACACAGGAGAAGCCACCGCAAUGAGCAGCCCAUGCACUGCAACUAGAGAAAGCCCACGCACAGCAAUGAAGACCCAACACAGCCAAAAAUAAAUAAAUAUUUAAAAAAAACCAACAACAACAAAAAAAGAAGAAACAGUAACUCUGCACAUAUGUUUAGGAUCGCCACAGAUAAUGACUCCAAAGGACUCACUGCUUGUAAAUCCACAAUUUCUUGUUUCCCAGCCAGACCCUUCCUUGCCUACAGUAGCCCCAGAGAUGGAAAUGUAGGAUUCAGUCAAGGUCAUUAAACGUAAUGACUGAUUUUUCAAGAACCUGCCCUCUCUAUUCCAAGCAACACUUCCUCUGCUUCUCCUUCUUGUGCCAUACCAAAGCUGCAAGACCCAUGGGUCCAGGCUUUUCCACUUAGGCUCUAUCACACACUUAAUAAGCAAACAUUCAAGAAAUACAAAUUCUUUUCAAUAAAUGCCUCUGCAAUAUCGGCUGGUAUACACUGAGUAUCACAGAUUAAUCCAACUCCCCACAAGGGUCACCUAAAAGGUAGAUUACAGGUGAACAAGUAGUCCUAUAUACAUGCUCAUAGCCGUAGGCACAGCAGACAAAAAGUGGAAACAACUCAAAUGUCCAUCAGAUGAAUGGAUAAACCAAAUAUGGUAUAUCCGUACAAUGGAAAGUUAUUUAUCUAUAAGAAGGAAUUAAGUACUGAUAUAGGCUACAAUGCAGAUGAACCUCAAAAACGCUAUGCUAAGUGAAAGAAGUCAGACACAAAAGGUCACAUAUUGUAUGACAGUAUUUAUAUGAAAUGUCCAGAAUAGGUAAAUCUAUAGAGACAAAUAGCAGAUUGGUGGUUGCCAGGGACUGGGGUGAGAGGGGAUUGGGGAGAGACUGCUUAAGGGGGACAAGGUCUCCUUUGAGGUUCCUGAAAUGUUUUGGAACUAGAUAGACGUAAUGGUUGCACAACAUUGUAAAUGUACUAAAAGCCACUGAAUUGUACACUUUAAAAUAGUACAUUUUAUGUGGAUUUCACCUCAGUUUUUAAAAAAAGGGAAAAAAAGAGAAGAUUAAGAUAAUUUAUUAAUUGCUCCACAAACAUUUCUCCCCAACCUUUUUUCUUUUUAAUAAACAUUAUGUUUAAGAGUAACUAGGUUUGCAGAAAAUUUGUGCAGAAAGUACAGAGUUUCCAUAUAGUCCCCCAUACCCCACAAUUCUCCUCCUAUUAACACCUUGCAUUAUUGCAGUACAUUUUUACAGUUGAUGAACAAUAUUGAUACAUUAGUAUUAAAUGAAAGUCUACUAGGGUUUACAUUAGGGCUCAUUCCAUGUUGUAUAGUUCCUGGUUUUGACAACUGCAUAAUGUCAUGUAUGCACCAUUACUGUAUCAUACAGAAUAGUUUCACUGCCCUAAAAAUCCUUUGUGCUCCUCAUAUUCAUCCUUCUCUCUCCCUAAGCCGCUGGCAACUGCAGAUCUUUUUAAUUUGUGUGCUGAUUUUUUUUUUUUUUUUUUUUUGCGCUGUACGUGGGCCUCUCACUGUUGUGGCCUCUCCCGUUGUGGAGCACAGGCUCCGGACGCACAGACUCAGUGGCCAUGGCUCACGGGCCCAGCCGCUCCGCAGCAUGUGGGAUCUUCCCAGACCGGGGCACGAACCCGCGUCCCCUGCAUCGGCAGGCGGACUCUCAACCACUGCGCCACCAGGGAAGCCCUGUGUGCUGAUUUUUGUGUAGAUGUAAGUGUUAAACUCAUUUGAGUGAAUACCUAGGAGAGCAAUUUCUAUAUUGUAUGGUAAGCCUAUGUGUGUGUAACUUUGGAAAAAACUGAAAGCGUGUAUUCCUGAGCGGCUGCACCAUUUUGUAGAGUUCCUUUGCUCCACAUCCUUGCCAACAUUUGGUGGUGUUAGUGGUUUGUAUUUCAGCUAUUUUAGUAGCUAUGUAGCGAUAUCAUAUAUUUUUUAUUCUUUUUUUUUUUUUUUUUUUUUGUGGUACGCGGGCCUCUCACCGUUGUGGCCUCUCCCGUUGCGGAGCACAGGCUCCGGACGCACAGGCUCAGCGGCCACGGCUCACCGGCCCAGCCGCUCCGCGGCAUGUGGGAUCUUCCCGGACCGGGGCACGAACUCGUGUCCCCUGCAUUGGCAGGCGGACUCUCAACCACUGCGCCACCGGGGAAGCCUGGAAAGUCAGUGAUUUUGAAUAAACACAUCUGUAUUCUUCGUUUCAUUUUAUACAGAGCACAUAUUAUUGUAACUUGAAAAUGUAAAAUAAAAAUUACUUAUUGUUAAAAAUGUUCAUUCUCUUUUAAUAUAUAUAAACACAAUAUGUUCAUUUUAAACAUAAAUGGCAUAAUAUUUUAACACUGUUUUCUCUCUUUUCAUUUAUGUGGUCAUGCCUAUACCUAUAUGUCUCUGUAUGAUAAGUCAUUCCCAGGUUUUCACUGUUUGAAUGAUGAUAUAAGAAACAUCUUUUCUUCUUUAUUUGGUAAGGACUUCCUGCCCCAGAAGUCUGAUUCUUAGUCCCUCACGUCGGAUUCUUAGUCCCUCUGUUGGCAUAGGUCAGUCCUCUUUCAAGACUGAGCAUUAUUUCAAGUCUCUUGUAUCUUUAAUCUCUUCCUCUCUCUUUGAGCCUUCAGUCUGAAAACAAGCUCUGCUUCCCCCUUCAAAUAAAGUCCCUCUCUUUCAAGCCACUGUCUUAUGUGAAUUUUAGGCUAGUCUACACCCUCUCCAUUUCACCUUUCCCAUUUACUCCAUACUUCCCUGCCAUCUGGAUUUCACCUUAAUCAUUUUACCAAAUCUACAAGAUCCAUGGGUCACAUGAACCAUAGUUACCAAACCAGUGGUCCUUGGACCCUGGCGUCAUAGUUUUCUUACUUCUCCAGGGUGUUCCACUAUGAAGUUCUAUCAAGGACUUCCUGGCCAAGUCUUCCUGGUAUCUUUCUCCUCCUCAUCCUUAAAUGUGGAUAUCCCCAAGGAUCACUCUAUUGUUUUCUCUUUAUAUAUUUUUCUUUUGACAACCUUGUAGCUUCAAUUACUGCUUCUAUGCCAAUAACAAGAGGGAUGUUCAAGCCCAGACUCUUCAAGUUCAAAUCUCACCCUCAACCUCCUGGUAGACUUUUCCACUUGAUUUUCCCUCUGGUACCUCAAACUCAGUAUAUGGCAAACAUAAAAAAAAACCUCCAUUCCCACUCUGCUCUUUUACCUGCGUCUCCAGUUUUAGGUAACAGCAUCACCCCAACAUCAGUUUCAUCCUGGUCUCCCCUCUCCUGUGUUUCUACAUCUGGCUAAAUCUAAAUCAGGUUAGUUCUGCAACUACAAGGUCUUUUCCAUCUAUCCCCAUCAUUACACUUCCUCUGCGCGCUCAUUACUCCUCCACUGAACUAUGACGACAGCUUUCUCACUGAUAUUGCCCCCAGCCUAUGAUCCUAUGAUCAUGUCAUACACAGCAACCCAAAGAAUCUUUCUCAACAUAUCUUUAUCAUUUUCCUCCUUAGAAGCCUUCAAGAUUCUCCAAUGCAUACACAAUAAGAUUGUGGCUGGAGGUUGGGAUGAGGGACAGGAUGGGGGAGUGGGGUGUUGCUGGUGGAAGUCCUGGAGUCCAAAGGCCCAGAGAACCAGGAACUCCAAAGUCUGAGAGCAGAAGAGGAUGUCCCAGCUCAAGGAGAGAGAGAGAAAAUUCACCCUUUCUCCUCCUUUUUUGUUCUAUUCAGACCUCAGUGGCUUGGAUGUGAUGCCCACCCACUUUGGUGAGGACAGAUCUUCUUUACUUAGUCUACUGAUUCAAAUGCUAAUCUCUUCUAAAAAACAUCCUUACAGACGCACCCCAAAAUAAGGUUCACUUGAUCUCUGGGCAUCCUUUAGCUUAAUCAAGUUGACACAUGAAACUAACCAUCAGAAAGUUGUUUGUGACAUAUCCUAGAUCUUCCUUUUUUUUUCUUAUUGAACUAUAAUUCACAUUUCAUAAAACUUCAUCCUUUUAAAGUGUACAAUUCUUUGGUUUUUAAUGUAUUCACAGUUGUGCAGUCAUCACCAUGACCUAAUUUCAGAACAUUUUCAUCUACCUACAAAAGAAAUUCUAGGACUUCCCUGGUGGUCCAUGGGUAAGAUUCCACGCUCCCAAUGCAGAGAGCCCGGGUUCGAACCCUGGUCGGGGAACAAGAUCCUGCAUGCGUGCCGUGACUAAGAGAUCACAUGCCGCAACUUAGAAGCUGGCAUGCCGCAACAAUGAGCCCACAUGCCGCAACUAAAAGAUCCCGCGUGCCACAACGAAGAUCCCGUGUGCCGCAACUAAGACCCCGUGCAGCCUAAAUAAAUAAAUAAUAAUAAAAAAAGAAAUCCCGUACCUAUUAGCCAUCAUUCCAUAUUCCUCCCUGCCUCCUAGCCCCUGGAUUACCACUUUCUGUUUCUACACAUUUUCCUACUCUGGAUAUUUCAUAUAAACAGAUCAUUCAAUACACGGCCUUCUGACUUCUUUCAUUUAGCAUGUUUUCAAGGUUCAUCUAUGUUGUAGAAUAUGUAAGUACUUCAUUUUGUUUUAUGCCUGAAUAAUAUUUCAUUGUAUGGUUAUACCAUAUUUUGUGUAUCCAUCAUUUGAUGGACAUUUAGAUGGCUUCUACUUUUUGUCUAUUAUGAACGAAGCUGCUAUGAGUAUUCAUGUAUAAGUUUCUGUGUGGAUAUAUGUUUUCAAUUCUCUUGGGUAUAGACGUAAAAGUGGAAUUGUUGGGUCAUAAAGUCAGAAUUGAAUUGCUGGUAACUCUAUGUUUACCUUUUUGAGGACUGCCAAACUGUUUUUCACAGUGGCUAUACCACUUUACAUUCCCACCAGCAGGGUAUGAGGGUUCCAAUUUCUCUACACCCUCUCCAACACUUGUUAUUUUUUGUCUUUUUUAUUAUAAACAUCCUAGUGGGCAUGAAUUAGUAUCUCAUUGUGGUUAUGAUUUGUAUUUUCCUACUGACUAAUGAUAUUGAGCAUCUUUUCAUGUGUGUAUUGGCCAUUUUUACAUUGUUUUUGAAGAAACAUCUAUUCAGUACUUUCCCAUUUAAAAAUUGUCUUUUGGGACUUCCCUGGCAGUUCAGUGGUUAAGACUUCGCCUUCCAAUGCAGCGGGUGCGGGUUUAAUCCCUGGUCGGUGAGAUAAGAUCCCACAUGCCUCAUAGCCAAAAAAAAACCCCAAAAAACCCCAAAACAUAAAACAGAAGAAAUAUUGUAACAAAUUCAAUAAAGACUUUAAGGACAGUCCACAUCAAAAAAAAAUCUUUAAAAAUUGUCUUUCUAUUGUUGAAUUGUAAGUAUGUUUAUAUAUCCUGGAUACUAGUCUCUUAUCAG